AUGGACCGUGUCAGCAGCAGCGGAGUAAUCGCCUCCUCUUCGGCCUCCGAAGACUUGAACAUGGAGAAGCUGUCGCUGUCGCCGCAGAACAACAACGGGUACAGAAAGAAUAAAAAGGUGAGUGGGGUGUUUAAAUAAGUGAUCUUUAACGUCUUUCAUGGCAUACGUCAUCUAAAAAAUUAGAUGUUUGGGGCAAGAUUAUGACCAAAAAAAGGGUUUUUUCACACGGAAAGCGCUUAGUGUAAGGUCCAAAUUUCGAUGAUGAUUAUCUCAGGCGGCUCUGAAACGCGUGAGCUAAAACUUUGAGAGAUUGCAUUACGCUCCACAUAAUAUUUUACUACUAACAGGGGAAGUACUUCAAGUGUGACGUUCAGAUUUUCUUUAAAUUUUGCACACACAUCGGGUAUGGACUAAAUAUCAAUUCCUGAAAGUUUUAGCUCGCGCUUUGCGGUCGCCGCCGAGAUAUUGAACGAUUUUUGCCGCCGAGAGAGCACGCUCAACGUGGAGAGCGGUCAGAGAGAAAACCGCUUUUUGGCCAUAACUUUGGCAGUUUCGUGCGGAAAAAUUUGAUUUUUUGUAGAAACAUUAUUCUUUACGGUUGAAAUAGGCAUGAAACUUUUCGUGCCGAAAUUCGGCAAAAAGUCCCAAAUUUUCGCCGACUUUCGAUCUAAAAAUCUCGGUUGUUUCUGCAAAGCGCGAGCUAGGAUUCCCGCAUAUAUCUUAGAAAAAAUUAUUCUAAAUUUUUGCCAAGUUUCAUCAAAAUCUGAGCGUCACACUUCAAGUACUUCCCUUGUAAAUUUCAAGGACAUCUGACGUUUACUCUUUGAACUCUGGCCAUUUAAAUUACACUACAAUUAUCCAUUUUAAUUCCAAAUUAAAUUCCAGAGCUCUCCCACCAAGCAGGAAGAAGAGAUGAUAAAUUCCUACCGCUCCAUCAUACGACAUGUUGGUGAGGAUGUUAGCCGCGAAGGCCUGUUGAAAACCCCGGAACGCGCCGCCAAAGCCAUGCUAUACUUUACGAACGGCUAUGAGCAAAACUUGGAUGACAUUUUGAACGAAGCCGUUUUUGACGAAGACCAUGACGAAAUGGUCAUUGUCAAAGACAUCGAAAUGCACAGCAUGUGCGAACAUCAUCUAGUCCCGUUCAUUGGCAAAGUCCACAUCGGGUAUUUGCCGAACAAAAAAGUGCUGGGGUUGAGUAAAUUCGCGAGGAUCGUGGAGAUGUUUAGUAGAAGAUUGCAAGGUAAAUAAUUUGAAAGAUGCUUGAAAUUGAGUUGGAGACUUUUUGAGUAUAUCUUCUGUUCGAUUUUAGUCCAAGAACGUUUGACCAAACAGAUCGCUCAGGCAGUUUUACAAGCGGUGCAGCCAGCUGGAGUCGCGGUGGUUAUUGAAGCAAGGUAAGACUAGAUUUAAUGAAAAUUUUAGAAUUGAAAAACGUCGUGAAAUAAGGGAAGGGGUGGUGAAUUUUCAGACAGCCUGAAUGGUCAGAUAGAUAGGGCAGUUGACGAGUCAGAUAGGGCAAAAUGACCUUUCAAAUUUCAAUCAAGCGAAUAUUGGGGGAUAAAAUUUGAGUUCAGCGCCUCACCUGUCGCUCUGACCGCCCAGAUUUGGCAAUUUUCGUCGAGAAUUUUUCAACUUUCCCCACAUUUUACGUACUCCCUCAAAAAAUCAUCAAAAUCCCAGCUUUGGUACAUCCUCAGAGUCCAAGUUUUCCGGGAUUCGUAUAUGCCCCAUUUACCGUUUAUAUCGGUCUGUCGGGAAAAUAACGGCGGAUCGUCGCAGCAAAAUGUCUCGCCUCGCCGCUAUCGCGCACCAAAUCCCCAGCCGCGGUUUGCAGUCGCAAAGCGAUGAUGGGCAUUCCGAGGCGCGACGAUCCGCCGUUAUUUUCCCGACAGACUGAUAAUAAAUAAUGCUUAAUUUUUUAAAAAAUCAGAGGGCUCUAUUGCCAAUAAAAUGCUAUUCUUUCAGCCACAUGUGCAUGGUGAUGCGAGGUGUUCAAAAGAUCAACGCGACCACCGCCACCUCUUGCAUGCUCGGAGUGUUCCGCGACGACCCAAAGACCCGCGAAGAGUACUUGAAUCUCAUCAACAAAAAGUAA